AUGGGUGCUGUACCACCACCAGCUCAGUUGACAAUUCCAAAUGCUGCUGCUGUUGUGAGUGAUGCUGUGACCAAAGAUCUCGAACGCAAGAAGGAGGAACAGUACGAUGCUCUGAUGUCGAACGGUGGGAAAUCCACAACUGGCAAACCUGAACCGCGUAAGAAGAAAAUCUACGAUGACGAAUAUUUGGAGAAAGAUUCAGACGAUGAAUUGGAAUAUCAGCCCGUGCCUGGAAGUCCUGGGACAAAUGUAGCAUCUGCUGAUGAUGUUGUUAACGACGAUGAAGAGGAAGAUCCAUUGGAUGCUUUUAUGGCGGAUGUUGAUAAACAGGCUAAACAAGAUAAGGCAGAAAGUGAAAGAAAAGAUAAAGAACGAUGCUUAAAAAUAGAAAAGGGUGCUGAUUUAGAAGAAGAUAAAGAUAAGGGACUUGGUCGGGCGGACAUUGAUGAUGAGGAUAUGCAAGAAUCGUAUUUCAAAUUUAUGGAAGAAUAUAAAACAAGUACACUUGAGGAUGAAAUAUAUGAAUACGAUGAAGAUGGUAAUAUUAUUUGGACAUGGAAAAAAGUGAUCGAUCCACUUCAAUCGAUUGACCAUACAACAAUAGAAUAUGCACCAUUUAACAAAAAUUUUUAUCAUGAACAUGAACAAAUAAAGUCGAUGACAACGAUAAAAGUUUUUGAAUUGCGAAGCAGUCUGAAUCUGAAAGUAGCUGGUUUUAAUCCACCGAAGCCGGUCACUGCAUUUGCACAUUUUGGCUUUGAUGAGGCACUCAUGAAUGCAAUUCGAAAAUCAGAAUACGAACAUCCUACUCCAAUCCAAUCUCAAUCCAUACCGGCAGCGUUGAGUGGACGGGAUGUUUUGGGGAUAGCCAAAACAGGCAGCGGCAAAACAGUGGCUUAUCUGUGGCCAGCUAUCAUCCAUAUCAUGGAUCAGCCAGAUCUGAAGGAGGGUGAUGGGCCAAUUUCUCUAGUUAUUGUGCCAACUCGAGAAUUAGCAUUGCAAGUAUACCAAGAAGCUAAACGUUACUGCCGAGUGUACAACAUCAAUGUUGUUUGUGCUUAUGGUGGUGGAAACAAGUGGGAGCAACAGAAUGCGCUUACCGAAGGGGCUGAAUUAGUCAUUGCAACACCUGGUCGUAUAAUCGAUUUAGUAAAAAUUAAUGCAACAAAUUUUACUCGUGUAACUUUUCUCGUGUUUGAUGAAGCUGAUCGAAUGUUUGAUAUGGGUUUCGAGGCGCAAGUGCAAUCUAUAUCGGACCACAUACGUCCUGAUCGACAGUGCCUAAUGUUUAGUGCGACAUUUAAAAGUAAAGUAGAAAAAUUGGCCCGAGAGGCACUUACUGACCCAGUUCGUAUUGUGCAAGGAGAAGUUGGAGAGGCAAAUUCUGACGUCAUACAAACGAUUGAAGUGUUGGAAAAUGCAGAUGCGAAAUGGCAGUGGUUGUUAAAUCAUCUUGUAAAAUUUUCAUCGAUGGGAAAAGUUCUGAUUUUUGUCACGAAGAAAAUGAACGCGGAAGAUGUGGCGAAUCGUUUACGUGCGAAAGAUUUCAAACCAAUAUUGCUACAUGGUGAUAUGUUGCAAGCGGAGCGUAAUGAGAAACUGCAAGCCUUUCGGAAAGAUGCAAACAUCUUGGUUGCUACAGAUGUCGCUGCCCGUGGUCUGGAUAUUUCGGAAAUCAGAACAGUAGUAAAUUUCGACCUGGCGCGCGAUAUUGAUACUCAUGUACAUCGAAUUGGUAGGACUGGACGUGCGGGUCAGAAAGGAUGGGCAUAUACUUUGGUGCAGGAGAGCGACAAAGAAAUGGCUGGACAUUUAGUAAGGAAUCUAGAGAGUGUCAAUCAGAUCGUGCCUGAGUCAUUGCUCCAGCUGGCAAUGAAAUCAGCAUGGUUCCGUAAUUCUCGAGAAAGAGGAGCAAGUCGCCCACAACAAAGGCUUGGAUUAGGAUAUAAGCCGAAAGCAAAGGGUCCGCGCACAGACACAGCUACUACUAGCAUAUCUAGAGCUUUGAAUUUUGAGGAAGGUCAGAAAAAGGUGAAGAAUGUGCUCGACAUGGCAAAAGCUACUGAUGGAUCUACAAAUCGGUUGCAGGCUGUGAAAGCUGCCUUCAAGUCUUCGUUUAGCAGCACGUUUCGACCAUCAUCUAGCGAUGAAUGGGCAGCAAGUAGAGCUCCAGCAACUGAUCCAACCCCAGAAUGGAAAAGAAAGCUUGAAGAAGCUGCCGAAGCUGUAAACCGACAAGUUGCAGCUUCGAUUAAUAGUAGUUUUGCUACUCAUGAAGGAAGUUGCAAAAAAAAUACUAGCGCCAGUGAUGGCCCAACUUUUGGUAGCAAGAAGAGAUCACGAUGGCAUUAA